AUGGUGGCCUUUUUGGGAGUCACCAUUACCCUUGUGCUUGCUGUUAUUUCUAGAGGCAGCCAUGCGGUUCAGAUCCCUGGGGCAGACAACAACCACGGGUUCAAGGUUGCCGUCUCGCAUUUCCCUCUAACAGACACCACACGCAAGGAUCCAUACUUUUCCACACAAGACCGCCGCGUCAUGGUCAGCCUGUUCAUGCCUAUUCCCAGAGACUCAUGCUCGAGUGAGUGCCAGAACAGCUACAUGCCACCGCAGACAGCUCGAAUUGCCAAUGAGCAGUUCAUUGUUGGGGGACAGCGUGACAUUGGCGUCUUUGAAGACAUGACCUACAACGCCUGCUGCAAGAGCUCAGGGUCUAUCGAUGCGAGCAAGAUUCCCGUCGUGGUACUAGAGCCGCACGUCGACACGAGCAGGUUGCUCUACUCAACCAUGGCGCGCUUCAUCGCCGCCAACGGAGCUGCAGUCGUACUAGUUGACCACCCAGGCGACGCCUCCAUUGUCGAAUUCCCCAACAACGGCCGGCGCGCCCUCGACACAGUCUACAACAGCGGUACCGUCUCGCUCUCCAACUUCUCCCCCCUAACCGCCUGGAACACCACCGUUACCAAAGCCAUCGAAACCCGCAUCUCAGACAUUGAAUUCGUCCUCUCCCAACUCAACUCCGCGGACCUCCUCAGCCGCCAAUUCAGCUCCUUCACCUUCGCCUCCAGCACCGGCCUCGGCACCACAAACUACGGCAUCGUAGGCCACGGUCUCGGCGGCUCCGUCGCCACCUCCCUCGGCCUGACCCCUACCACGCUCUUCAGCAUCAACCUCCAAGGUACACCCCCCCUCCUCACCUCCCCGGUCCGCAACAACCCCCUCUUCUUCUUCGGCCGCCAGGAUUACCGUCGUGAAAACGAUAUCCACUGGAAAACUACAUGGUCCUAUCUCACGGGCCCCGCGACGGAAUUCGAUCUCAACGACUCGGCCAUCUUCGACGUGUCUGACCUCCCUAUUAUCGUGGAGCUUGCGCGAAAUGAGGGCGGGAAACCGCAGACGAGCGGGCGGGGGUUGAGUGGUGGGUUUCCGGUUCAGGGGGCGCAGGCCGUGACGUGUUUUGUGGAGACGAUUGUUAAGGCGCAGUUUGGGUUGGAUUCGGGGGGUGUGCUGAUGAAUGAUUGUAUGAGGUUUUUUCCCGGGGUUGUGCCGUAUCCGGGUGUUUGA